AUGAGUGCAUUCGAGUCGCUGCCAGGGCCAAAUAGGCCUGACAGCCUCGACCCCUUACCACCAGUUCUUCAGCGCGGGCUCGUUGCUGUUGCAUUCUUUGGCAUAUUGUCGUUGGCAGCAUCAAGUGGGCUAUUCAUCUUCCUCUCGUAUAAACUAUGUCGAUGGUACUACAAAGGUCAUCUCGCCAAUGGGGCCAACCAGUUCCUCCUCCUCAUCUACAAUCUCCUGUUGGCCGAUAUCCAACAAGCGAUGGCUUUCAGCCUGACAGCCGUCUGGGUCGCGGAAAACAAGAUAGAGGUCGGCACGACGACAUGUUGGGCUAACGGCUGGUUCGUGUCCACCGGCGAUCUGGCGUCCGGCGUUUUCAUCCUUUCCAUCGCACUGCACACGUGGUUUGCCGCUGUCAAAGGUCGCAGCAUUAGCAACAAGGUCUUCUAUGGCUGGAUCAUCAUGGCUUGGGUGUUUGUGUAUGUUAUGGGCGUGGUGACCGUUGUGCGGGAUCCCAAUGUUUAUGUGAGGGCUGGUGCUUGGUGCUGGGUCCAUCGUGAUUAUGAAGCCGAACGACUCUGGCUGCAUUAUUUCUGGAUUUUCUUGUGCAUGUUCGCGACGAUCGUCAUCUAUGCGCUCAUUUACAUGUGGAUCUAUCGCUCGUCAACCACCUUCCACACCAUCACCACACGCUCCACCAACUCCGACCCGGCCACCUUGAAACGAGCCUCGAAAUACAUGAUCAUCUUCCCCGUCGUGUACGUCUGCUGCACGCUGCCCCUUGCCGCCGGUCGCAUGGCUGCGAUGACAGGCAUGGUCAUCCCCUACUGGUGGUACUGCGUAGCCGGCGCAGCCAUCACGUCGAAUGGCUGGCUCGACGUGCUUCUCUACGUCAUGACCAGACGAGUCCUGAUCUUCAGCCGUGCGCCUCCCCCACGCAACGACUUCGGCUUCGACACUUUGGGCUGGAAGCACGGCGGCGACAACAGCCUCUUCUGGGGCACGACCACCACGAUCGAAGGCCCGCUCACGCACGCCAAGCCGCGACAGAAACAAGUCGGCUUCCUGAGCCGCGGGCGAUCCACCCCCGGCUCUCGCAGGCACUCGGACGAAGACCACAUCGCGCCGCCGCCCGAGGGCGUCAUCUCCACGAAGACAACGGUGGAUGUGCAGACGCAUGCCAUGCCUGGCAUGUAUGCCAGUUCGGACUUCAGCAUGAUCGAGAUGGAGGACAAGUCGGAUAGGGCGAGGAGUCCCGGAAGUGCGACUACGACGAGGUGA